GCUAUAAGUUUACAAACAACCAAAUAUUUGUACCAUAUGCUUAAGUUUUUCCUAUAUAUAACCUGUUAGUUGGCAUCAUCUUUCACAAAACUCAUUCUAUACCACAUCAAUGGCUUCAUCACCCGCUUCUCUGGUUUUCAAAGUUCACAGACGUGAGCCCGAGCUGAUCAAACCAGCGAAGCCCACCCCACAUGAGUUCAAACUGUUAUCUGACAUUGAUGACCAAGAAGGGCUUCGAUUCCACAUUCCAGUCAUACAAUUCUAUCGCCACAAUCCCUCAGUGCAAGGGAAAGACCCCGUCAAGGUCAUCAGAGAGGCAAUUGCUAAAACAUUGGUGUUUUACUAUCCAUUUGCCGGUAGGCUGAGGGAAGGUCAAAACCGCAAGCUCAUGGUGGAAUGCACUGGCGAGGGUAUCUUGUUUAUAGAGGCUGACGCUGAUGUUACACUUGAGCAGUUUGGUGAUGCACUUCAACCUCCAUUUCCUUGCCUGGAGGAGCUCAUCUUUGAUGUCCCUGGCUCUAGCGGGGUUCUAAACUGCCCUCUGUUACUUAUUCAGGUGACACGCCUCAAGUGUGGUGGUUUUAUCUUUGGCCUUCGCCUCAAUCAUACCAUGAGUGAUGCCUCCGGCAUAGUCCAAUUCAUGGCAGCGGUUGGUGAGAUGGCACGCGGAGCCACUGCCCCCUCCGUCCCAGCUGUGUGGGAAAGGCAUGUUCUGAAUGCAAGAAACCCACCACGGGUUACAUGCAUACACCGUGAGUACGAGGAGGUAGCUGACACCAAGGGUACAAUUAUUCCACUUGAUGAUAUGGCUCAUCGUUCCUUUUUCUUUGGCCCUUCAGAGAUAUCUGCUCUUCGAAAAUUGAUCCCGCCUCACCUUAGCCGUUGUUCCACUUUCGAAAUAUUAACAGCAUGUCUUUGGAAAUGUCGUACCAUUGCCCUCCAACCAGAUCCCACUGAAGAGAUGCGCAUAAUAUGCAUUGUCAAUGCUCGUGAGAAAUUUAACCCUCCAUUACCAACUGGAUACUACGGUAAUGGCUUUGCUUUUCCGGUAGCAGUGGCAACUGCCGGGGAACUCUCGGAGAAGCCAUUUGGAUAUGCCCUGGAAUUGGUAAGAAAGGCCAAGGCUGACGUGACUGAGGAAUAUAUGCGAUCGGUAGCAUCUUUGAUGGUAACUAAGGGGAGGCCUCAUUUUACAGUGGUAAGGGCAUACCUUGUAUCGGACUUAAGAAGUGCAGGAUUCGAAGUGGUAGAUUUCGGUUGGGGUAAUGCUAUAUACGGCGGGGCUGCCAAAGGUGGAGUUGGGGCAAUCCCUGGAGUUGCAAGCUUUUAUAUUCCAUUUAAAAACAAGAAAGGAGAGAAUGGGAUUGUGGUGCCGUUUUGCUUGCCAGCUCCUGCCAUGGAAAGAUUUGUCAAGGAGCUUGACGGUAUGUUGAAGGGCCAGCUACAAAGUGGGCAAACUCAUUCCAAAUUUAUGGCAUCUUCCUUAUAAGUUUAAUUGUUUACUUCUUUUUUUCUCCCAUAACCUAAAUGGUUACUCUGUGCAUGAUAUAAUGUAAGCGAGGUUAAAAGUGUGCGUGUGAAAGUGAUGAGGAGUGCUGCUAAAAAGAAAAAAGAUAGUGACGAUCGAUGAGAGAAUGAAUAAUAUAUAAACCCAUCAUUUAUGUAUGUUUGUUUGAAAUUUUCUACAAAAGUUUACUGAAAUAUUCACUUUUCUUGUCAA